GCAUGCUCGCGGGGAUCCGGCCCUGAAAGAAGAGGUCAAGAUGGAGGCUGAGCCUGUGAGGAAGUUCGGCGUGGUGGUGGUUGGUGUUGGCAGAGCUGGAUCCGUGAGGAUGAGGGACUUGCAGAAUCCAGAAGGAUCCUCGGUGUGCCUGAAAUUGAUCGGCUUCGUUUCCAGACGGGAGCUUGGCAGCAUCGCAGACGUGCAGCAGAUGUCUUUGGAAGAUGCUCUUUCCAACCCAGAGGUCAAGGUGGCCUUCAUCUGCAGUGAGACCUCCAGCCAUGAGUGCUACAUCAGGCAGUUCCUAAGUGCUGGCAAGCACGUCCUUGUGGAAUACCCCAUGACACUGUCACUGGCAGCCGCUCAGGAAGUGUGGGACCUGGCGCACGAGAAAGGAAAGGUCUUGCAUGAAGAGCACAUAGAACUCUUGAUGGAGGAAUUUGCAUUCCUGAAAAAAGAAGUCGUGGGGAAAGAACUGCUUAAAGGAUCCCUUCACUUCACAGCUGGCCCAUUGGAAGAGGCGCAGUUUGGCUUUCCUGCAUUUAGUGGCAUCUCUCGUCUGACUUGGCUGGUGUCCCUCUUUGGUGAGCUUUCUCUGGUGUCUGCCACUUUGGAAGAGCGAAAAGAGGAGCAAUAUAUGAAAAUGACUGUGCAUCUGGAGACCAAGGACAAAUGUCCACUAACCUGGAUUGAGGAGAAGGGGCCUGGCUUCAAACGAAACAGAUUGAAGCUCCAUUUCAAAUGUGGAUCACUGGAGAAUCUGCCAAGCGUAGGAGUCAACCAGAAGAUUUUCCUGAAAGAUCAAGAGCUGUUUGUCCAGAAGCUCUUGGGCCAGGUCUCUGAGAAGGAACUGUCCACAGAAAGGAAGCACAUCCUUCACUGCCUGGCGCUGGCAGAGGCAGUCCAGAUGUGCUGCCGCCCAGAGAAGUAGGACAGGAAGCAAUGGGCACUGCAGCACCGGAUCCCAGUUUGCUGUUCUCAGCUGUUUCCCUUUCCCUCCAUUCUUAAGAGGAGCUGAGUUGCCCUCACUCCUUUCCAGUAGCCUGAUCCCCGUGUUGGAGAAAGAUGAUGCCUAUGCCUCUACUUGCUGUGGGAGUAACACAUGGGGAUGGGGUCCUGGAGGUGGAGACACAGAAAGUACUUACCACGGUGGAGCUGAAUUGGCUGUUCUGUACUACAGCUUCGGUUUUCUCCUCCCUACGGCGCUGUGACGUGGAGUAGGUUAUUGGUAUAUUGGCUUUUGGAAAUUAAAAAAGAAUAAGUCUACAUCAUUAUAAAAGAAUGAGAAAAGGCACACCAAGUACUUUGUCACAGGCAUGGAUUAUACCUGUAGCACUCACACAGGCGUCACAUCCUAGAACAGGCAGGAGGUGUCAACCAUAUGGCAUCAGGAUAGGGUACAGGAUUAGCGCCUUGGGUGGCUGGACCGGCAGCACAGUCCCAGUGAUGGUGGUGCACACCGGGUUAGAGGGUGGCCUUGGGUUUUCCUGAGAAAAUGCCUGUACCAUGGCUCCAAGUCAGGCUGAAUACAUAGACUACCUUGAUUCUCAAUGUGUGAAUGGUGGCAGUGAGUACAAUUUGCCAUCAUCAGAGACUUCAGCACUGACUGUGACAUCUGGUGCAAGGGAGAAUGUAAUGCUGAAGGAAAGGCCCUGCCUAGGACUCUAGAGGAAGACAGAUGCCAGGGGUCUUCCUCCGGAGCUUCCCACCUCUCACCCAUCCUUUCUUGAGCACCCAGACCUUGCAGCAAGCAGAGCUGAAUUCAGUAUCUCACUACAAUGCAUGAAUGUGAGGAAUACACAUGAUCACCACUGUGUCUCUGUAGAUGGGAGUACAUCACUAUUGUGCCCUGUUUAUAUCUAUGAGGUCCUGUUUGUACAUCUCUCCAUAGAUAGGUGUAUUGAACAUGGGAGUUUCUCAUGGGAAAGUUCCCAAAUAUAGAAGUCCUUGUCUGUGUCUGCACUUGUGAAUUUCUGACACCCAUGUGGA